AUGAAUAUGAAAUCGUUAUUAAGUGGAAGAGGAAGCCUUUGUGACCUCUGCCAUCAUCACCAACCUUCUUUCUACUGUUCUUCCGACUCUGCUUUCCUUUGCUCUGAUUGUGAUUCUCAAGUUCACUCCGCCAACUUCCUUGUUGCUCGCCACAUCCGCCUUUCUCUCUGCAAAUCUUCUUCUUCCUCUACUUGUUCAUCCUCCUCCUCCUCUAYCACCAAGAGUCAUAUAUAUAUUAGUAGUACUAGUACAAAGGCAAAGGCUAAGGCUAAGGCUAAUAAUAAGGCAUUAAUAUCUGACUGGAAGACGAGGGAUGUGUUGGUAAAUUGGUGUAGAAAGCUGGGGUUAGGGAUAGAGGUGAUAGAGGUGGCGAAACAUGCUUUUGAGGCGUCGUGGGGGUUAGUAUGGCCAUACCGCCUGGGUUUGGCAGCUUCCCUUUGGUUGGGGGUACUACUACUGUUGAAGGAGGAUGAAAAUAACGAGAUAAGAAUGUUGGUGAAGAGACUAGAGGAGAUCUCCGGGGUACCAGCUAAGUCAAUAAUGCUUGCCCAAUCAAAACUCUUGAAAAUCAUGAACCAGCAACAUCGUCAUCAGGUGGAGGUGGAGGUGGAGGUGGAGGAGGGCUGGGCUGAAAGCUAG